AUGGAGCUCGUGGUGACGCUGCCGGCAGACGUCUUUCGCUGCCGGAUCUGCUUCGUCACCAAGGCGGCAGGCAGACCCACCUUUGGCGAGUACAAGGACCACUCGGCCCUUCUCCGCCACUACAGGAGGCUGCACGACCCGGAAACGGUUCCCGUUUUCGAGUGCGCGUUUUGCGGCCGACGCGACCCGCAACUGAAGAAGCUGCGGACGCAUCAGCGGUCCUGCAAUGCAGAGACCGCCACCCCCGACGCUGCCAGUCGGGGGAGUGUGAGUAUGGGACACGAUGCCGUGUCUGACUCUCUGGGGCACCCAGAGAGGUCGGCCGGCGGGAGGUCACAGGCGAGGGCCCCCGAAGCUAGUAGGACAGGCCCUUCGUCCUUAGUUAGUGCUGGGCGAAAGCCACAGGCGAAAGCGGCUCGGGAAGCUAGUACCAUAGGCCGCCUAGCCUUAGAUAUUAGAGAGGGGCUAUCGCCACAGCCCAGUCCGGUCCCCGAAGCUAGUAGGACAGACCGGCUGGACUUAGCAUUAACUUACGCGGCGGUCCUGACCCGCAGCAGCGUGGUGGGUUCACAGGCUGCCUUGCCCUCACCCUGUGUGAGUGUGCAGGCGUCUGCGACACCCAGGACGGCGGUGGUUGCUACCCCCGCGUCGUGCGUACUGUGUGUGCGCACGCCGAGGAGGUCUGGCAUCCCCCUGUCGAUACGCUCCGCGACGUCAACCGCGUCGCCACGAGUGCCGAGCGCAAGUUCGGGAGGUGAAGGCAGCACGCUGCCGACGCCUGCCGCCGAACGCGUCGCUCCGGCCAGAGGCGCAGUGUCCGGCAAAGGCCGCGGCUUGCCGCUGCCCGCGCCGGUCUCUGUACCCAGUGGUGUACGCUGGCCACGUCGUGCGGCUGCCGCAGGCGCCUCCCGCCCGCCAUCUGUCGGGAGUGUGGGUACCGGCCUGGGACUGCCGCCCGCAUUCGCUGCGCCGCCAACAGGUGGCUCUGCGAUGCGGGUGGACAGUGGCAGGCAGGCUGCCUCGCUCGCCGCGGCCAGUGGUGGUGCCAUUCACGGUGCAGCCGCGCCGCUGAUUGACACACCAAAGGACGCGCGCCCGGCGGAUGUACCGGGCGGUGUGGUGCUUGUGCGGUCGCAGACGUACACGCGCCGCGUUUCCUCUGCCCUGCCGGCGGCCACGUCGAGUGACGCCCGUCACUCCGUCUCCGUUCAGGCAGGGAGUGCUACUAAACAAACAGCCUCAGUUUCAGAUAACGAGUGGCACUUAGUCACCCCACGGAGGGACAGACGCCGUGCUGCAGGACGGAGAACACCGCCCCCGGACCGACGGCGCAUUAUACCGCCCAGUCCGCAUAACAGCGGCCCGGCGCGAGCGAACGCGUCUGGGCGGCCGGCGCGAGCUACACCUCGUGUAUCUCGCGCCGGCGGCCGGGCGCGGGCGACCGCUGGGCCAUCUGUUGGCGGCGCGGCGAACACCAGCUGCAGUGCGCCCGACCCGAGCGCCAGGCCGGCGCGAGCUACACCUGGAGGCGCCCGGCCGGCGCAGGCUCCGCCAACCACCACUGCGCCAUCUGGUAGCGACCGCCGGGCACCUAGUCCGCGUAACAGCGGCCCGGGGCGAGCCGGCGUGCCAGGUCGGCCGGCGCGAGCUACACCUCGUGUUUCUUGCGCCGGCGGCGGGCCUGCGCCCGACCCGAGCGCCAGACCGGCGCGAGCUACACCGGCCCCUGCUGCUACCGCUGCGCCACCUGUCAUCGGCGCGGCGACCGACAGCAGCGCUGCGCGGCCCACACCAGAUGGCAGCACGGCACCACCACCGACGCAGACGACGGAGCGGCGCGACGUGAGCGGAGGGACUGCAGCUGCGUCUCCUGCACAUGGCAGCAAGAAGAGGAGACGCCGACGUCGUAACGACCGUCCCAGUCCCAACCUCCCGCCGCAAAACUCCCGUCCUCCACCUGACCUGACAGACCCUCCUGCACCCUCCGAACAGGGCGCAACACAGGCAGCUCCGCCCCCCCCUCCCCCGGCCGACGCUCGGCUAACGGAGAGGCAGCGGCGCUGGCUGGCGGCCCUGGAGAGCGUCCACAACCAACCAUGGGACGCAUUCGUCGCGGUCGUCGAGGACUUCAUCUCCGAGAUCGCCGAGACGAAGCCACAACGCCAGGCAGCCGGAGAUCGACAGGAUGGGCCACCAGCAGCAGCGCACCGCGGCCAGGGCCGCGCCGACGCUGCUGCCAAUCCCCCUCCUCCUGCCCCUACACGCGGCCGCGGUGGGCAGCGCGGUAGACGUGGCGCACGGCGCGCGGCGGCCGCCGAGCGUCGGUACGACGCGAGUGCAGCGUCUGAGAUUCAGAAGCUGUACCGCGCGGACCGGCGCAAGGCGAUGCAGCGCGUCCUUGGCGAGACGUCGCCGUACUGCCAAAUCGAUGGCAACGUGCUCACGGAGCACUUUAAGGGGGUAUAUUCUAAAUCUGUUUUUUCUGUUACAGAUUUACCAGCUGCUGUCCCGGACUUUGCCGCCACCACGCCUCCUGAUGUCAGCGAGGAGGUCCUGUCGCUGAUCACCUCCGCGGAGGUGCAACAGCGGCUCCAGAAGGCGAGCAAUACUGCUCCUGGGGCAGACGGAGUCACCUACUCGGACCUGCGACGUGAGGAUCCUGGCUGCCAUGUGCUGGCUAAGAUCUUCUCGCGCUGCUGGAAUGAGCGGAAGACUCCGGUGCAGUGGAAAGUAUCCACUACCGUCCUCAUCCACAAGAAAGGGGACGUCUCGGACGUGACGAACUGGCGGCCUUUAGCAUUGAGCUCCACCAUCUCUAAGCUCUUUGCUGCAAUCGUUGCGGACCGCACUUCUCUCUGGGCAGAGCGGUUGAACCUGCUCUCCCCGGAACAGAAGGGCUUCCGCACGUUUGAAGGCUGCUAUGAGCACAACUUCAUUGUGCAGACGGCAAUUGAUGAUGCAAGGCGCAGGGGAGGCCAAGCAUGCUUUGCUUGGCUUGACCUGGCGAAUGCUUUCGGUUCAGUGCCUCACGCUCACCUCCUUGGAGUACUGAGCAGGAUGGGACUACCAGAGCAAUUGCAUCAGCUAAUUGCCGAUAUGUACGAUGGUUGCUCCACCCGUGUCCGUACAUCUGACGGACUAACGGAGGAGAUAGAGAUCCUGGCGGGGGUCAAGCAGGGCUGUCCACUGUCGCCCAUCGUCUUUAACCUCGCGCUCGAGCCGGUACUUCGCGCCGCAACCUCGCUCAGAAAUGAGUGUGGUAUUCCGCUUUGCGGCGUCAGUGUGAGUGCACUGGCGUAUGCGGACGAUAUCGUGCUUCUGGCGCGGGAUUCAGAGGCGAUGCAGACGCUCCUCAAUGUUGUGGGUGAGGCGGCGACGUGGGCCGGGCUUACCUUCAAGCCGUCGAAGUGUGCCACGCUUCACAUCCGCCGUCGGCAGACACUAGGCUCGGUAUUCGCCCUGCAAGGGGGAGAACCAGCCGUGCUCGGUGCGGGUGACGCCUACCUCCAUCUUGGCGUCCCCACCGGGUACAAAGUCGCGCAGACGCCAACGGAUGCGAUCGCGGCAAUUCGACGCGACUUGCAGCACCUGGACGCUUCCCUGCUGGCUCCCUGGCAGAAGAUUGACGCUGUGCGUGUCUUCCUCCUCCCCAGGCUUGACUUUGUCAUGCGGGGCGGAGCGGUACGCAAGGGGCCGCUAUCUGCACUUGACAAGGCAGUGAAAGCGGCUGUCAAAUCAUGGCUCUUCCUUCCACAGCGUGCGUCCACUGAACAGCUGUACCUCGCGCUGGGAGAGGGAGGAUGCGGCCUGACGCCGCUCGCGGACGCUGCGGACAUCUCAACGAUCGUCCACGGCUUCCGCAUGCUGCACUGCGACGACACCGCCGUCCGCGACAUCGCCUGGGCCACUCUAUCUACGGCCGCGCGCCGCCGGCUGGGGAGGGAGCCAAGUCGAGCCGACUUGGCCACCUACCUUAGCGGCAGCACUGAGGGCGACCUCGCACGUGACGGAGGUGACAUCCAGUCACUGUGGACACGCGUCAGGAACGCCACAAGGCGCCUAGCGCCGCGUGGCGUCACCUGGCGCUGGAGUGAACUGUUGUCUGAGUUGCAGGUGGAGGUCGGCGGCCGACCCGCCAUCGCUGACGACGCGGAACACGACGGCAUCGGAGGGGUGACGCAGCCGGCCACGGAGAGGACGGCGCUUGGGACUACACGACACCUCGAAGAUGGCGGCGAUGGACCGCAACACGAUGAUGACAGCGUGGGACGCACCGUCAACACUGGCGUCGAGCAUGUCCGGGUGGGAGGGGGCGCCAAACGUCUUCUCUCGCGGACGCUCCGCGAGUGUCUGAGACAGCGCCUGCGCCACAUCCUACUCAGAAAACCGGACCAGGGGAAGGUGUUCGAGUGCACCAGGGAGUCCACAGCGUCCAACCACUUCAUAGCGGGAGGCAAAUACACCCGCUUCGCAGACUGGCGCUUUAUACAUCGCGCCAGACUCGGAGUCGUGCCUCUGAACGGAUGUCGCCGCUUUGAUGGGCGGGCAAACAACAACAAAGCCUGCCGACGCUGUGGCCACAACAAUGAGACGCUCCCGCACGUAAUCAACGCGUGUAUGGUGCACUCAGCAGCCCUGCAGUAUCGCCACAACGCAGUCCUCAACCGCCUUGCAACAGCAGUCGCUGGGCGACCAAGAAGAGGAAACACUGCUGUUCCUGACAUCAGGAUCAACCAAGCCGUCAUAGGGGACAGCAGUGGGCUGCGUCCGGACCUCGUAAUAACUGACGAGGCCGCGAAGACUGUGACCAUCGUCGAUGUGACAAUCCCCUUCGAGAAUAGGCGGAUUGCGCUCGACAACGCUCGGCAACUGAAGAAAAUAAAGUACGCCGACGUUGCGCGCGGAUUAGCCGCUCGCGGCUAUUCCGUCACUGUCGACGCCCUGGUUGUCGGCAGUCUGGGGGCGUGGGACCGCCAGAACGAUGCGGUGCUUCGGCACCUAGGCAUCGCCAGCCGCUACUGCCAACUGAUGCGGCGAUUGAUGGUGUCCGACACCAUCAAGUGGUCCCGCGACAUCUACGUUGAACACAUCACUGGCCACCGCCAGUAUGUGUCCCCCUAGACUGUGGCAUGCUCUGACGUCAGGCUGCGAGACCCUCGAGACUGCAGUCGUCGGAGAACUUCGAGGUCGGUGCCUUCGUGUCGUCGGUGUCGAGAUUCUCCUUCACGACGCGGGACCUGCGGCGUUACACCAUCUUCGCGCCGCACUGCAGCAGUGCCGAGUCAGUAGCGGUGCGUGCGGUGCUGCCUGGUGCCCCUCCCUCCGUGGUGGCCGCCGAAUAUGGCCCCCACCUCGGUUGGCGCGGUGCUGGGCGGCGCCGUACGUGUGCCUACUGCCCGGCAGUCUCCAGCCAGCGUGGGAAGCAACACCCUCCUGCCACGACACCCCAGUGACGUCCGCCGCAAGGCGGACAGAGGGGAGAAGUCCGGCUGAGUGUGACCCGCCUGCGUGCGUGGCGCACCAGCCGCUGGCAGCCGUGCAUGUGCAGUGCGCUGUCAGGGCAUGGAGAUGAAUCAAAUAAACAUAAAAUAGCUCCUAAAUUAGGUCCAAACUACCCCUGAUCUGACAUAAGUAAGGCCGCGCCUACCGCGGGAUUAAUCUUAAGGUAAUAUACUUAAGUAUCCGCGCCUAACGCGGCCUCAUGAUAUUUAAGUAGUGGGCUUAACCCACGAACUAGAAUAGUGAUAAAAUACUUAAGUACGGUUAGUACCGUUUUUUCUUAAAUUUAUCUAAACUUAAUAAACCUGUAAAACUCGUAUUGUAUAGAGUCAUGGAUAUUCUUUUCUUAAAUUUAUACUUCGUAAGAUUGUAACUAAGAAUU